GGUGCUUCCCUUUGAGUGGGACUCCAACCCUGAUCUUUGCUUGUUUGGGAGGGCUGCAGGUAUGAGAGGUGCAAUCGUGUUCUGUCACGCUAAUAUCCUGGGUAUGUGACACGUUUGAUGUGAUGAUGUGUGUGUGUGUGUGUGUGUGUGAGCCAUUUGAUUGCGGCUCUCACACUGUGCAAACCUACCGACCUAGCCAACAAGCUAGUGGAAGGAAGCAGGUGCCAAAAUGUAACAUUGUAUCUCAGAACCCACAGCUUUACUGUUGCUGGGGGAGAGUAAUAGAAGUAUGUGAUGGUCACUGAACAGCUUUCCUGCUCCCCCAACAUUUCACCCCAGAGAAGGCAGGACAGUGCAGUGUAACUCUGUGCGCUCACUCUCUCCCCAGGCAGUAUGUAAGUAGGAGAAAAGUCACAGGGAUAUUACAAUUGUGUCUGUUUUUGUUAGUGUCUGAAUGACAGUCUUUGUGUGUCUGUGUGAUGUUGCCUUAUUGCGCAUCAAUUCUUGCAUAUUGAACAUCUGAAUCUGACUAAGUUUGGUACUUAAAGCAAAAUCUCAAAUCACAAAUGCUCAGUAGCUCCAGGUUAUCUGCAUUGUCUUUUGUUGGAUUAAUUAUUGCUUCUGAACAAAUAGGACUUAAAGAUGUUUGCUCCCAAAGUAGCUAAGAUUAAGCAAGUAAGGCGGGAGAUGCGCUGAAAUAUAGUUUUAUGAAUAAUCACAUGUUAAUUUUCUGAAACCUUUAAAUAUGUGCUAAAUAUUCAAAAUCUGCUUCUGUUCUCUACAUUGAAACAUGCAAGAAUUUUAAUGUGAGUCUUUGAUUAUUUCUGUUGUACUAACGUUAUUCUUGUUUUUAUUUUUAGGCUCUAAAUGCACAGCCAUGUUUGGUAUCUGACAAAACCAGCUGUGUCUUUCGAACUUUCCCCAAGAAUUGGCACUGUAUUUCUUCUUUUUUUUUUUUUUUUUUUUUUUUUUUUCUUCUUUUUUUUUUGUGUGUGUGUGUAAUCUCUUUACAGUGACAUAAUGCUAACCAUGACCUCUGAAGCACUUUGUUGUGUCAAUUUUUUAAGACACUACUGCUGAUUGUGCUUCUUUCACCUCCAGGAGCUGCUACUUGGACAUUUAAAAAAAACAAAAAAAAAAAAACUAGUUGAAGUGAACUUUUUAUUUUCCCAUACGGUGUGCAUAUUGUUUCUGGACCAAGGUAACGUUAAUGGAAUGCAAUCAUGUCAUCCCAGGACGAAAGGCAGAUCAAUACUGAAUAUGCAGUCUCUUUGCUGGAGCAGCUGAAACUGUUCUAUGAACAACAGCUACUGACGGACAUAGUAUUAAUCGUUGAGGGCACUGAAUUUCCAUGUCAUAAAAUGGUUCUUGCUACAUGCAGCUCUUAUUUCAGGUAUGUCGAAAUUACUGGCAAUCAAGUUUAGUGCAGCUUUAAAUUAGUUUCUUGCUUUUUAAAUUAAGUAUAUAUAAGAUUGGUCUAUGAUUUAAUGUAAAUAAACAUCUUAAACACAUCACCUUCACUGCUUUCAGAUCCACAUUACCCUCAAUCAAUGGGUUUAAUAAAUGUGUUGUUAUUAAAGGGGCUAUCCAUGCACCCAAAUGUUAACUGUGUACAUUUGUUAUUUGUGUUUUUAUAUGUUGUAAGGGAUGGAUUAUAGUUUUGUUCAUUAAUCACUUAAGGACAACGGGCGUUCCUUUUUCGGGCGGUCUUAAAAGCCAGUGGGCGGCAUAGAACGUCCCCGCCGUCUUUUGUACUCACCGGGUCCCAGUCGUUCCCCUAACGGCGGUUGCAGACCCCUUCUGCCCGAUCCGGCACUCACCCCUCUACCACCUCUGGCCAUGUGAUUGCGGGGUCCUUGCAGUCACAUGGCUGUAAUAGCCAGCUAAUGCAGUGCCUACAGGGGGCCUGCCUGAGCAGUCCCCCCUAAUGCCUGUAAACAUUGUUUUUUUUAUUUAUUUUUUUAAAUUAAUAAGUUAAUAAAAAGUUUAAUAAAGUAAAUAAAAGUACUUGGAUCGUAUAUAUAUUUAAAUUCUUUUCGAUAGGUUUGGUGGCAGUAUAGGUUCCCUCCAUUACAAUUAAUGUUGUACAUUUGCUAAUAGUUGUUUUUUAUUCUAGAGUGAUUAGGUUAUUUUAGUAAUGGGAGCAGGAGUUGAGGGUGGGAUAUAUUAAUUUGCAGAAAUUGUCAUAUUUUAGGUCCUUCCUGUCCAUCCAGGAAAUCAUUUUAAAACACCACUAGUAACUACUGCCACUAUUCCUAUGGUUAAGACAAUUUACAAUAUGUAAAUUUCUGUUUUCUUAAUUUAGAUACCACUACAUUAUUAUGAUAUGGAUUAAAUGUAAUUUUGACUGAUGUCAAAUCCCGUUUCCCCUGGUAAGAUAGAUGGAAAGGUAACAGUUUAUUAGAAGUCCAAACAUCUGACAUGCGCUAGCCGCAUUCUAAAAACGUACUCUGGAGAAGUCUUGGUUACAGAACAAUUUACCAUUCACUGUAUGGCAUCUAGUCAACCAGUAUCCCCAGUACCUAUAAAGGGUUUAUCUUGCUCUGUACGUUUGCGUGCAUUAGAACACCCAUAAACUUAAUUUGCUUAGGUCAGAAUUGUAGAUCUUUUCUGUAAUUGACUUUUGUGUUAAAUCCUGCACUUUAGGGUUGUUUAGACAGUGCUUCUGGUACUUCAUAUCGUUUAUAACUUUUACUUAGGAAGACGCUUAGCUGAACUAGAACGCAGAUGAAACCUUGAUGAAACCGUGAACAGUUAGGUGUCUCAGAGAGUGGGACCUUUGAUAUUAAGAAAUAGGUACAGUAACCAGCUAGUGUUUUACAAUGGAGGAGGUGAGCAGGACAAGGAGAAUGCAUUACUCAUUUGUUUUAACCCCUUAAGGACACAUGACGUCUGACAUGUCAUGAUUCCAUUUUAUUCCAGAAGCUUGGUCCUUAAGGGGUUAAAAAUAAAAAAAAUAAAAAUGUAAAUGAAGAUUUUUUUAUUUUUUUUUAACCAAAACCUAGACAACACACAUUUUGUGUUGGUGCCUGGAAUAUCCUUAUACCAAGUUUUAUGUGUGUUUUUGUCUGCUUGGAAUUUGUCUAUUUUUAUGACAUUUUUUUUUUUUUACUAAACUGAUGCAUGUUCUUAAACAGUCUUUCAUCUUGUUUUAACUGAUGACUAUUUUCUUUUCUUCACAGGGCGAUGUUUAUGAGUGGACUGAGUGAAAGCAAACAAACACAUGUACAUUUGAGAAAUGUGGAUGCCGCUUCUUUGCAGAUCAUUAUAACAUAUGCAUACACGGGUAAUUUGGCAAUAAAUGAGAGCACUGUAGAACAGCUAUAUGAGACUGCAUGCUUUUUGCAGGUAAAUAUUUUUAUCAGAUCUCAGUGUAUGUAUGUGUGCAUGUAUGUAAAUGCAUUUAUAGUUGAGCUGAUGACGUGCCCUUACUCACCUGUAAUUCUCUCCUGCCCAACACUUUCAUAAGGGCAAAUUUAAGACAAAAUUAAAAUGAGAUUGUACUUCCAGAUUGCAAACAGACUUUUUUUUUUUUUUUUUCAGGUUUUUUUAUUGCAUAUAUUUUUUUCUUAUUUUUGGUCUCUUUGCACUAAUCUGCUAUUUUAUAGUGUAGCUUGUUAUGCCAAAGUAGAGGUGAGAAUUAAAAUAAUAAAUUCAAAGAAAUGAUAUUAUGGGAGAGUACUGGGAACAGAUUCUUUGAGAGCUGUUCUGUCUGGAGCAAUACUCUAUAAUCUAUAUUUGAAGUACUGUAUAUACUCAAGUAUAAGACGAGUUUUUCGGCACAUUUUUUGUGCUGAAAACCCCCCACUCAUCUUUUACUCGAGUGAGUGUCUAUAUUAUGGCAACUUACAGUGCCAUAAUACAGACCAGGACCACUGGGCUCAUUACAAGCCCGGCGGUCCUGUUGGGGGGCUGGCAGAGAGCUGUAACUUACUUUUCCUGCAGCUCCUGUUAGCUCCCUUCUCUCUCCUCCGGUCCGGUCAGCUCCCUUCUCCUCCACUGUAAGUCUCGCGAGAGCCGCUCCGCGCGGCAGGGGAACUGACCAGAGCUGCAGGAAAGGUAAGUAAACGCUUCCUGCCAGCCCCCUCCUACACAACCCAUUCACUGGACCACCAGGUAAUGAGAGCCCCCCUCCCUGGCCAUGUAUCAAGCAGGAAGGGGGGACAAAAAAACAAUCAUAAAAAUGAAAAUAUUAAAAAAAAAAUAUUAAAAUAAUAUAAAAAAAAUUAAAAUAAUAUUUAAAAAAAUAUAUAAAAAUAUUAAAAUUAACCCCUUAAGGACCGAGGACGGUUCAGGACCGUCAUCGGCAUUUUUGCCUUGAGGACCGAUGACAGUCCUGAACCGUCCUAACGGUCUGGGGGUACUUACCUGAUCGCCGUCGUUCCCCCGGCGGCGAUCAGUGUUCCUCCGGUUGUGGGGAGACUGCCUGCAGCCCAGACAGUCUCCCCACGGCAGAUUAGGACCCCUGUGGCCAUGUGAUCGCUUAACACAGCGAUCACAUGGUCACAAUAGGUGUCCAUGUGUCUGCCUGCAGGGGGACUGUCUGUGCUGACAGGCAGUCUCCCUGCUAGUGUAAAAUCAGAAAAAAAAAAUAAAGUUAGUGUUAAUUAAAAAAAAUAAAAUAAUUAUAUAUGUGUAUAUAUGAUAUAUAGACAUAUAUUAUAUCUAUAUAAUAUAUGUCUAUAUAUCAUAUAUAUAUAAUGUCAUACUAAGUGUAUUUUUAUAUUAAUAUGUACUUAUAUUAAUAUAAAAAUACACUUAUAAUUAAAUUACACACGUAUAUAUAUAAUAUAUAUAAUAACUAUAUAUAUUGUAUAUAUAUAUUAUUAUAAAAUAUAAAUAAUAAGUAAUUUAAAUUAAAUUAAAUUUUUUUUAAAUAAUAAUAAAAAAUUAAAAAAAAAUUAUAUAGCUAUAUGAAAUUUUAUUCUAACUGUAUUUUAAAAUUAAUAUAUAUAUAUUUAUAUCAAAAUACACUUAGAAUGAAUUUGUAUAUAUAUCUAUGUAUAUAAAAAUAAAUAAAAAUAAUAAGAAAUAUACAUACGUCUAUAUACAAAAUUACAUAAAUAAUUAUAUAAAUAUACACGUAGACUUCAAAUAUAUAAAUAUGCAUAUAUAUUUAAAUUCUACGUGCGUAUUUAUGUAAUAUUUUUACAUAAUUCAGUCAUUUUAUUGAUUGCAAUUUGAGGGACCUGCCUGCCAACCCAGGCCGAAAUUCCAGAGAAUUUAAUUUGCUAGCACUGUAUUUUACCCUGUAACGUUCUACGACACCCUAAAACCUGUACAUGGGGGGUACUGUUUUACUCGGGAGACUUCGCUGAACACAAAUAUUAGUGAUUCAAAACAGUAAAACAUAUCACAGCGAUGAUAUUGUCAGUGAAAGUUACUUUUUUUGCAUUUUUCACACACAAACAGCACUUUUACUGAUGAUAUAAUUGUUGUGAUACGUUUUCCAGUUUUUAAACACUAAUAUUUGUGUUCAGCGAUGUCUCUCGAGUAAAACAGUACCCCCCAGGUACAGGUUUUAUAGCAUUUUUGAAAGUUACAAGGUCAAAUAUAUGGGUCAAAUAUUUUUACAUUGAAAAUGGCCAGGUUGGUUACGCUUGCCUUUGAGAGCGUAUGGUAGCCCAGGAAUGAGAAUUACCCCCAUGAUGGCAUACCAUUUGCAAAAGAAGACAACCCAAGGUAUUGCAAAUGGGGUAUGUCCAGUCUUUUUUAGUAACCACUUGGUCACAAACACUGGCCAAAAUUAGCGUUCAAUUUAGUUUUUUUACUUUUUUCACACACAAACAAAUAUGAAUGCUUACUUUGGCCAGUGUUUUCGACUAAGUGGCUACUAAAAAAGACUGGACAUACCCCAUAUUGAAUACCCUGGGUUGUCUACUUUAAAAAAAAUAUGUACAUGUUGGGUGUUAUUCAGAGAUUUAUGACAGAUAAUAGUGUUACAAUGUCACUAUUGAUAAAUUUUAAAAAUGUAUGUUUUGAAACCGCAAUAUCCUACUUGUACCUAUAGCCCUAUAACAUGCAAAAAAAAGCAAAAAAGCACGUAAACACUAGGUAUUUUUAAACUCAGGACAAAAUUUUGAAUCUAUUUAGCAGUUUUUUUCAUUCGCUUUUGUAGAUGAGUAAAAGAUUUUUCAAGUAAAAGUCAAAAAACAUGUAUUUUUUUCAAUUUUUCAUCAGAUUUUUGUAUUUUUUUUAAAUUAAAAUACAUGAGAUUAUAUAAAUAAUGGUAUGUAAAGAAAGCCCCCUUUUGUCCUGAAAAAAACAAUAUAUAAUUUGUAUGGGAACAGUAAAUGAGAAAGCGGAAAAUUACAGCCAAACACAAACACCACAAAAGUGUAAAAAUAUUCCUGGUCGCAAAUGUACAACAUCGCAAAAACAGUCCAGUCCUUAAGGGGUUAAAAUAAUAUAUUAAAAAAAAAAAUGCCCACCCCCACCAAGGCUCUGCAUCACAUACACAUACACACACUGCAUUCAUACACACGCUGCAUUCAUUAUAUACACACACUGUAAAUAAAUAUUCAAUUAAUAUAAUUUUUGGGGGAUCUAAUUUUAUUUAGAAAGUUACCAGUAGCUGCUGCAUUUCCCAUAUAAUAAUAUUUAAAAAAAUAAUAAAAAUGCCCACCUCCCUCCAAGCCUCUGCAUUACAUACACACACACACUUCACUCACACACUGCACACACACUACACACACUACACACACUACACACACACACACACACACACACACACACACACACACACACUACACACACACUACACACACACACACUACACUCACACACACACACACACACACUGCACUCACACAUACACACACACUGCACUCACACAUACACACACACUGCACUCACACAUACACUGCACUUACACAUACAUACACACACACACACACUGCACUCAUACACACACACACAGACACACACACACUGCAUUCAUUAUAUACACACACUGUAAAUAAAUAUUCAAUUAAUAUAAUUUUUUGGGGAUCUAAUUUUAUUUAGAAAUUUACCAGUAGCUGCUGCAUUUCCCACCCUAGUCUUGUACUCGAGUCAAUACGUUUUUUGGGGGUAAAAUUACGGGUGUCGACUUAUACUCGAGUAUAUACGUUAGGUCUCUAUCUGUUCUUCCUAUGCUUUAUUGCAUUUUUCCUUUGCCGGAAGCUUAUUUAAAUAAGAAUAUUUUUAAAAGAAUAUUUUUUUCACUUUUAAUUAAUAAUAUAUAUAAUAAUAAAUAUAUAUUGGGUAAUACACAUUGAACAGUAUAAUACUUUUCUACAAAGUAUUGUUUUGAUAAACAAGCCUUCAGAGCAAUAGUGUUAAAUGACAUUCUGGGAUAAGGAUUUUUCUGGGAUUUUGGGAUAAGGAGCCCACCAGCAAUUUACACCGUAAAUGGCUGUGAAUAAGGACUAAUGUAAAAUAAGAGGAACUUAGAAACAAUUAAAGAUCACAGACUAGGCAACAAUGUGCAAUAUCGGCGUACCUUUACCAAGGUAUGUAAGGUAAGGUAAUGUCAUGCAUAAAAGAGUUAUUACUUUUAUAAAUCCAUAGUAAGACCUUGCCCUGAAUAUGCAGGGCAGUUUUAAAGAAAUAUUUGAUAGAACUGGAAAAUUAAGAAGUAGUGUACAAAAUUAAUAAGGAAAAUGGAAAAUUUUAGUUAUGAAAAAGCAAAGGAAAAUUGCAUUUCUUUAUUUUUAGAAGUAAAAUGUGUGAUGUAUAAAUAUACACAGGGUCAAGACAAACAACUGUCUGUCCUCAGUUCAAAAUGGCUGCAUAGGAUCAACAUUAAGUUUUUAUUUGUUAAAUCAGGUUUUUAUUAUCUUUCAAGGACUCUUGGUGAUUUCUGAGGAAACUCAACUUUGGGGUAGUGUUAUAAAUAAUCACUAAAUGUAUAUCUCCUGCCUAUUACACCAAAUAUGAAUACAUUUGAAAUAAGUCUCUUCUUUUCUGGUGAGAAAACAAAACCACAAAAAACCUACAACAUAAUAAAUAAAAUCAAAAUUGUUUUCAGGUUCAUGACAUUUCUGAAAUGUUUGUUGAGAUCUAGAAAAAGUAUAUUAUUACUAAUAAUAAUGCUGUUAUUUGACAUGCAUUUUAGUACACCAUUUCACUUUUGCGGUUUUAUUUUUACUCCAGGAGUUAUAUAUUUUUUUUAGACAAUCAUCUAUAUUUAUUUUUAUAUUUUUUGGGAGAAGAGGGGUACCUUUUGGAAAUAUCUGAAUAUUGUUUCCUGUACACAACAAAAAAGUGCCAAAUUUUUUUCACACUGAAGUAAGACAACUGAUAAUACUCAGUAGAGGCUUAGCAUCAAAGUGGCUAAAUGUUAAAUAUUUUUCAAUCCUAAAAUCCAAAUUUUAUCCAAAAAUUGUAUUUCUACAUUUGAAUAGAAACCUUUGAACUUUUGUUGGAUCACUACAACUGAUUUUUCUUUUCCAUUUUUUUUUUAUUGCAGGUGGAUCAUGUGUUGCAGCUCUGUAGAGAAUAUUUAAUAAAAAAAAUCAAUGCCAAAAACUGUGUGCGUCUUCUGAGUUUUGCUGACCUGUUCAGCUGUGAAGAGUUAAAGCAAAGCGCCAAAAGAAUGGUAGAGCACAAGUUUACAACAGUCUACCACCAGGAUGCUUUUAUGCAACUAUCCAGUGAGCUAUUGAUUGAUCUUGUGAGUAGUGACAAUUUAAACGUUGAAAAAGAAGAGACUGUCAGAGAAGCUGCAAUGUCCUGGCUAGACUACAACACUGUGUCACGCUCUCAGUAUUUGUCUACCGUUCUUAGUCACCUUCGUAUUGAUGCCCUUUCAGAGGUGAUACAGCGGGAGUGGUUUCAAGGCUUGCCACCAAAUGAUAAGUCGGUGGUGGUGCAAGGACUCUACAAAUCCAUGCCAAAGUUUUUUAAACCAAGGCUUGGCAUGACUAAAGAGGAAAUGAUAAUAAUAAUUGAAGCUGCUUCAGAAAACCCGAGUUAUUACUCCUCAAUCUGUUACAGUCCUCAGGCAGAAAAGGUAUAUAAGCUUUGUAAUCCUCCUGCCGAGCUACAUAAAAUUGGUACUGUGGUGACACCUGACAAUGAUAUUUUUAUAGCUGGAGGGCAAGUUCCUCUAAAGAACUCCAAAAGCAAUCCUAGCAAGCCAAGUAAACUUCAGGCUGCCUUCAGGACUGUGAAUUCUUUUUACUGGUUUGAUGCCCAGCAAAAUACUUGGGUUCCAAAGACCCCUAUGUUGUCUGUGCGUGCGAAGCCUUCUUUGGUAUGGUGUGAUGGUUACAUCUAUGCAAUCGGAGGAGAUAGUGUUGGUGGUGAACUGAAUCGAAGAACUGUAGAAAGAUAUGACUGUGAGAGGGAUGAGUGGACUAUGGUGAGCCCUCUCCCAUGUGCAUGGCAAUGGAAUGUUGCUGUAGUGGUCCAUGACUGCAUAUAUGUAAUGGCAUACAACUUAACAUACUGUUACAUUCCAAGGUCUGGUAUCUGGGUAGAAAUGGCCAUGAGGCAAACCAGUAGAUGCUUUGCCUCUGCUGCUGCAUUUGAAAACAAAAUAUUUUACCUCGGAGGCUUGCAUACUGGCAACAACUCUGGAAUUAGGCUCCCCUCCAAUACUGUGGAUGGGUCUUCCGUAACCGUUGAAGUGUACGAUGUGCAUAAAAAUGAAUGGUAUAUGGCCGCUAAUGUACCUGCAAAGCGCUACUCUGAUCCUUGUGUCAGAGCAGUUGUCAUAUCCAAUUCCUUGUGUGUUUUUAUCAGAGAGACUCAUAUGCAUGAAAAAGCCAAGUAUGCGAUCUACCAGUAUGACAUGGACCUUGAUCAGUGGUUUCUGCGUCAGCAAAUUUCCGAGCGUGUCCUUUGGGAUUUGGGGAAAGAGUUUCGGUGCACUGUAGGAAAGCUCUACCCUUCAUGUCUUGAAGUGUCCCCAUGGAAACCUCCCACACAUCUUUUCUCACCAGAUGGAGCUGAUGAGUUUGAACUGGAUGGGGAUAUGGUUACGUUACCCCCUGUAUAGUUGGGCAGAUACCAGUGACUGUAUGCAUGGAUCCCCGUUCCUCAACCAGAGUUCAUUAGAACUAUACUGUUAAGGAAAUGGGAUGGGAAAAUAAGUUUGCACCGCUUACCUUUCAGACCUUAUUUUUAUGUCCUACUUAACGUAUUUGUAGCCUUUAAUGCAUUUAUAUAGGGAGAUAUGCUUCCAUUAUAUGAAAUAUUUGACCUGCUAAUGGAAAGAGAAAAGCAAAAACUCUGUAUAUUCAGCUAGCCUUAGCGUUCCGGUUUACCAAAAGAAUAUAAUUGUAUCCCUGUGAUUUCUUUUUUUUUUUUUUUUUUUUUUCUUCUAUUUUCCCAAGUUAACAUUUUUGAUUUUAAAAAGCAAACGCGUAAAUUACCCAUCUGCUAUUUAUAUUAUUGUAAGUAUAAAAAAAAAAAAUCUUCCAUUAUUCAAAACUACUUCUAAUUUGAUAUCCUGUUGGACUAUACGUACAAAUGUGCAGUGAAACCCAAUCUACACAUACAUAUAUGUAUGAUUGGUAAAAUGAGACCUUGCCAGUUUUCAUUAACUUCCAGGUUACCACCUCCACAUGCUAUCCAUUGUAAAAGGCAGUACAACCAUAUAUCUUGUCAUAGAGGCUGAGUUAAAGAUUCUUCAUUGUGUGAUAUCCUCUCCAAACAGAGCAUUUAUCUCUAACGUUUGUUUUGAUGCCUAUGUAGUGAAUUAAAAAAAAGUGUGAUUUCAACUAAUUACCAGUUCAAGCUUGACUUGGAAGUAGUAGAGAAAAACACAGUAUACCUGCAGGUUUUAUUUUUGAAAAGUAAUUUAUCACCAAAGUCCCACCUCAACAUGUAAUCUAUAACCUAUUCUACUUUUUGUGUUAAAUCCAAUCUUUCCUGCUGCAGGAAAACUAGUAUUUCAUUUUGAUAACACACAGGUCAAUCUAUGACUGCAGGCUCAGUCAGGCUGUGCAAGGCACAUGUGUAUCUGUUGUCAAUAAACCUGUACCUUUCUGUCUUAGAAUACAGGUCUUCCAAGAGGGCCUUGUUACGCCCUUACGGGCAGAACAGGGCAUCCCAAGUAUUUACCAGCCCCUCAUAGUACGGGUCCCUGUGGAGCUUUUUAAACCCUUAACUGCUAUCUUGCAGCCAUGGGAUUAAACAAACAGAACCAGCACCUUUUGUCAUGCAAUGGUGUAGGUUCAUUCAUACAAAAAACUGCUGCUGAUAACUUUUUCUUUCCCUAACAACAUUUGUAAAAACAAGGUUUUAGUGUGGAAUAACCAGGUCUGUAUCAUUUUUGUUAACUUAACAAGCAUUUACUGUAGUGUGAUUGUGUAUUGAUAUACUAUAGUUUUUUUUUUUUUUUUUUUUACUUUUUUUUUCUGGGGAAGGGAAAAGAACUGUUCAGGAAUACAUUUACAUGGCACUCUUCUGCACAAGAGAGCAUAUGCCUAGUGCUGCUCCGGCAUUAAUAUCUAUCCCAGGAACCACUAGCAGUAGAGGGGCACCACAGCCAAUUUAACAUGAGCACAGGUGCUUCAUGACAAACCCUACUAGCAUGUUCAGCUGCAUCAUGUUCUGGCACUGUAUUUUGAAUGACAUUAAUUUAUUAAAAAAUGUAAAGUGAACUACUUGUGGGCAUGUUUAUUCUGUUUGUUCUUUUUUCUGUUUUAUGUACGUUUCAGGUGUGAACAAUGCAC